AAUAUUUAGAAAGCACAGGGACUAAAUAGCAAUGUUCAUAUAGAGCUUUUCUCGAUCCGCUAUUUUUAUUAGGGCAUAGCGCGGUUUCGCCGCAGAAGCGCUUUUCCAAUUGAUCGAGCAUCAUGCAGGCCAGCGACAGAUUUAACAUUAACUCUCAGCUUGAGCAUCUGCAAGCCAAGUAUGUUGGAACAGGGCAUGCGGACUUGUCUAGAUUUGAAUGGGCAGUAAACAUCCAGCGGGACAGCUAUGCAUCCUAUAUUGGUCACUAUCCCAUGUUAGCAUACUUUGCUAUAGCGGAAAAUGAAUCAAUUGGGCGAGAGCGCUACAAUUUCAUGCAGAAAAUGUUGUUGCCGUGUGGUCUUCCUCCACAGCGGGAUGAAGAUUGAGGUGCUCGUAGUUUCAAUUUCAAGCUUGUCCGUGUUGGUCCUCUUCCUGUAGUCGGCCGCUUCCCGUCACAAAGAAAGUGAAGAGCAAAAAGAUUGCCUAUCAGCCACUUGAUGAUCUUUUCUUUCUUCUUCUACCUUUUUCCUUUCAGAGCUGUUAUUGAGAGGAUUGCGCGAGCGUGUGUUCUAAACUUAACACAACAUGUUUAUUUUUUAUUUUGUGUCAAGAAUGUGUUGAGCUACUUAUCUAAAGCAAAACAGUAUGAGAAACAUCAACUCGAGGUCCUCGAGGCGCAUACUAUUAUUGAUAUUAAAACCAAAUUUGAUCUGAUAGAAGGAGAGUUUGAUGGAAAUUUAUAUU